ACUGACAUGACUAAGAGAAUGCGAACCUGAAUACAGGAUUUCCCAGCUUUGCAACUAGGAUCUUUUACCUGUUGUGGGUGAUACGAACCAAUUAGAAACAAGAGUAAAACCAGCUUUUAUAGAAAGCUAUGUAAUUCUUCUUGUUGACUGUUGACAGUAAAAAAGAAACUGUACGAUCAAACCGGUGUCUCCUCAUAUUUUAUUUAUUUCUUCAGAUCAUACUAUUGUUCUCAGCAAUGUCAGACAGUAAAGCUGUGACAUUAGCAUUCAUUUGCUGCAAACCUGACAAAAUAAAUCCUGAUCUCUCUUCUAUUAUUUUGCAUCAUGGUUGUAUGAGUUCUAAAGAAAGGUGGAGACCUGUUCAGCAAGACUUGGCAAAUUCUACAGGUAGAAUUGUGUAUUCAGUAGAUGCUAGAAAUCAUGGAGAAAGUGAAAAAAGUGAUGUUUUUAAUUUUGAUAUCCUCUCAGAGGAUCUGAAGCAUUUCAUGGAUGUUCAUAAAAUCCCUAAAGCUUGUUUAAUUGGUCACAGUAUGGGAGGAUUGGUUGUGAUGGCUUUAGCACUAACAGCACCAGAUAGAGUUGAGAAGCUAGUAAUUGAAGAUGUCAGCCCUAAAGAACCAGAACCAGAAUUAUAUUAUGUGUUUGGUGCUAUGAUUGAAGAACAGUUAAAAUGUUUUGAACAGUCUACAAAUGCAGAUACUAUUGGAUCUAUGCAGCAAAAAUUGAGAGAAUGCUUAUAUAGAAAUAUACCAAUGAUACCAGAUGAAGAUCAAGAAGUAAUUCAAAAGAUGGAAUUCCAAAUUAAGAAAACAGAAAAAGGUUAUGAACCACAAACAAAUUUGAAGUCCAUUCUAAGAGCUAUCCUUAACCCACCUAUUUGUCAUUUCCCUACAGGAGGGCGAUUCGACAAAGAUGCUUUAUUUGUUUAUGGAUGCAAAUCAAAUUUCACUGUUAUCGAAGAUAAAGAUCUUAUUUUGAAGUACUUUCCAAAAGCAAAAUUCUCUGGUUAUGAAAAUGCUGGCCAUGAAGUAUGUUUACGUGAUCCCAAACGUUUUGUUGAAGAAAUAAGUAAAUUUCUUUGAUUUAUCUUAUAUACACGGUGCUUUUUUUCUUAAAAAAAAAAGAUCUUUCCUUGUCCUAUAUAUGUGGAACUCUAUACAUUCUAACUUUUUUAAAGCUGUUCUGUGAUCUCAGCUACCUUUUCUGCAUUUAAUACUCUGAUUAAGUGGAAAAAAAGAAUUUAUAUGAUAUAAGCCAUUUACAUGUUCUUGUUAUAUUAUCCAAGCCAUGAAACAUUGUUAUUAAGUGUGAAGCUCUCUGUAACAUUUUUGAAAUCAAGGUUUUUCUUAAAGAUGUAACAUAUUUAAUAAUUUUUUUUGUUUAGAAUUUACAUUAUUUUAGAGCAUUUCUAAUAUGUAUACUGUCUACAAAGUGUUUACAAACUUGGAAUAAUUAUUAUUUGAAGAAUUGUAUUCAAUAUUGUAUAUUGAAUUCUUUUUAAAUUUAAAAUAUUGACAAUUAUUCAAGUUAAUUUGCAAAAUAUCAAUUUAUUAUGCAUUUUGACUGAGUAUUUCAAUGACGAUUUCUAUAUUUGCAAGAUAUUAUACAUGUGUAAUCAUGAGAACAUGAACUUCAAAUACUAAAUAAUUGCCAUAAAAUUGUCAAAUAAUAAGUAAUUGUCAUCUUUUUGUCCAUAAUCUCAUUUUAGUAAGAUAAAUGAUUGGGCAUAUACAUUAUGAAGAAAAUUCAAAUGUUAUGCAAAGCUAAUUGUCUUACUUUAAUAUUUUUUGAUGUAUUUUUCUUAUUGUAAUUGUCAGCUUCCAAUGAUACAUAUCGAAAUGAAAUGCUAAAUAUGUGCUUGUAGCAUGCAAAGCUGUAUAAAUUAGUAAAUAUAUAACCAUGAGAAAAGAAUUGCAUGCUUUUAUUUUUAUAUGCCCUUUUUUUAACUAUACAGAUUGAAUUGAAAUUGAAAAUCUUGUGUAUUUUUAUGAUAAAAAAAUCAACCAUUUUUGUAAAAAUCAAUUUGUUUGAUAAAUUGAUCUACUGUUAUUUGUAUAAUAUGUAAGCAUUUAGAUUUAUUAAAUAUUCUCAUUUUCUAUUAAAAUAAGUUUGGGAAACAUUUUACAAACAAGGUUACAACGAAAUUUGGCAUAAUUGUUUGCAGAAGACAUUCCUGGAUAUAUAUAUUUAAUCUUUAAUGUCCUGAAUUAAUUAUAAAAUAAUCAAAAUUAUCUAUGUACUUUGGGUUUAACAAGAAAUGUUAUGAUUUUUAAUUGAUCCUUGAUUUGUAGGUUAUUUUAUCUAUUAAAUUGCAAGAGGAAUCAAAGAAGGUUCCAAUACAUUUUAGGAGUUAGUCAGAUAUAAUAAAACUUAUAUAGGGAAAUAAGCAAUGAAUUCAAAAUAAAAUACUUUCAGGAUUCUGAUAUUAGUAUAUUUGGCAGUAGUACCUCUCUAACGCAUGGUAUGCAGAAAGACAGGCGGUUGUCACACCUCCUAAUUCUACAAAUAAUCUCUCCUUAUUGUUAAAUGUAAAACAUCUACUUCUUUCAUCUCUCCUUUGAUCCAUUUUUGGAUGACAUUAAUGCCCUCUUAAGCUUGUGCAAAGCACGGAAUGUUUCCGAAUCUGAAAAUGAACAGUAAUAAACAUUGUAUGCAUACACUAUUUGUUGAUAUUUCUGAAGAUACUCAAAGUUAUACCUUCUAUUGCAAUAUAAACCCUCUGAAUGACUGAUUGACUAAGGCAAACAUUUAAAUCUACUGUAGACACUUGAAUAACUUCUUCCUAUAGAUUUUCAUUUGGGAGUAUGAGGGUCUCGUAGACUGGAAUUGAUUAAUUCAAAUAGGAAGAAAUUAAUGGAUUUUUAUCAGAAUUGUGCUUGCAUUUCUCCCUUUGCAACUUAUCACAUUGGAAACAUGUAGUUCCGAUAUUUCUAAACAAAGCAAAGAUGUGUGCUCAUACUAAAAAAUGCUUGCAUAUUACAAGACAUGCAAGAAAGUUGCAUAAUAAAUUCAAUGUUGUAUACUCCAAAAUGUCUGGUACUCAUUUGCAAUAACGAUUCACUACUUUUGGCAAUUUUCAGUAUUUUUUUAUAGUCUUCAUCAGGUACUGCCGUUAUCUCUUAAUUUUACUGUCUUUAAUUGGAAUAAUAAUGAUUUGUUUUGAUCAGUAUGCUUUAGAUUAAACAAUAUUUAACAGUCAAGCAUGGCAUUCCUAUCUAUGUAUUCCCAAGUAAAAGUGAUUUGCCAUGAUAUCAAUUAAUCGACUCAUUAAGUUAGUUGGUAAUACUUUCAAAUCAUUCUGUACAUAUAUAUGUUUGAUUAAAAAUUGUUUUUAAAAAAAUGACAGUUAAAAACAUUUAUAAUAGAAGUAACAAAGUUUUGCUGUUCAAAUUAAAUUCAGGACAGGGCUAUUUUCAAUAAAUUGCUUUAACCCUUUCUAGGGCUGUGGGAAGUAUGCUUCCCACCAAAUUUAUCAAUCUUUGUAUGAAUUUAUGUAGGUUGGCAUAAGUUCUGACAAAUUUUUUUACAAAGACAGAAACUUAGAUGCUUUAGUUCUUGAUUUGAUACUUAAUUAUUAAUGAACCAAAUUAAUUAAUGAAUCAAAUUAAAUUUAUCUAAUAAGCUAAAUGAAUCCCUUUUCUUAUUCUAAUUUUAAGCCUAAAAAUAUUUUAACAUAAUAUGACUAGAAAAAAAUGGCCCUUUAAAGGGUUAAACGAUAUUUGUUUCAUAGUAUAAAUUUACAUUUAAAUAAUAUUUCUAGAAGAAAAAAACAAAUCUUUACAUUUUGUCUACUAUCUAUGAAUUUUAACAGCCUAUAUGAAUUUAUGGUUGAUGUAUAACAAGUUAUUCAAGGUGCUUAUGUAUAUAGAUGCAAUUUAAAUGUAUCUCCUCAUAGCGAAGCAAUAAAUAUCUAUUCAUGCCAUCGUAUGAUAAUAUAGUAAAUAUGCUCAAUAUGAUAAUGGAAUCUUAUUUGGAAGGAGAUUUUUGCUAAUAGUAAACUCACAAUUAAUUAGAUUCUUAUUUUUACCAAUGUCUAAAGAAAUACAGUAAAAUAUUAGAAAUAGAAAAUUGUUACUGUUUGGACCAACCUCAUUUAGAAUGGAACUGAUCUUGUGAUAGUACAGUCACAGUAUAAUUGUCUCUGUACCAUGUCAUUGCCUUGUAUUGUGCUACGAUGGCUCAUCGUUUUCUUUCUUGCAAGAAGGCCAAUAGAUACCAUAAUGAUGCGGUGCAUUUGAUAAGAAUCCCUUUUGAGCUAACUGGUACCAUUAUAAAUCUUGUAUCAAACCUGCAACAUUACAUUAAUAUACUAUGUUAGUCUAGUAUUUACUUAUUAUUUUGCUCAAAAAAAUGAAUUAUAUCUGCAUAUUGAUAAUUUGAAAUUACUGUUCUAAAAUAGGCCCACAAAAGUAGAAAUUAGAGAAAUUUUCAAUGGUGAAAUUUCUGUUGAAAAUGAGAAAAAAAAAUUAUAAUUAUUUGUUAUCAGGUAAAUAAAUGUUUUUUUGAUCAGUAGAUUUGAAUUUUUGGCACUUUAUUGCAUUUUUUUAGUGAUAAAAUAUUUUAUUCCAGAUAUGAAAUAUUAUUCAGAAUUUACAUCAUAAUAAAGUGCCAGAAAAUUUUUUUUAUGUGUAUGCAAAGAUUUAAUUCUAAACAAGAGAUUUCAAAUGGAUUUUUU